GGUUUUAAUAAAUAUACCAUACGCAUAGCCGCAUACAAAUAGAACGGCACAUGAGCUGACAGUCAGCCCACCAGAUAUCUGUAUGUACACAAGAUGAUGAAACUGCAAAUUGAUGACAGAAAAUAAACAUACCCCACUGUUUUAAAAUUCAUGAUAAUACGAUACCUAUUUGAACAUGCGUAAAUACGCCGUUUCAACAUUUGGUCGGAAUUACGUUGUCGACGAAGGAUUUGAAGAACUUCCCCAGAUUCGCUACGUGUUCAUCAUUGUCACUCUUCUCCUCGGAUUUAUCUCCCUGUUUAAAUUUCUACAUCACUUUAGAACAAUCACGGUCACAAAGGAGAAAACAUGCAAUUAUUUCCCCCUCAGCUCAUCCGCUGUCCGAAUCGUAAUCUGCUACGUUGUGAGCCAUACCAUCCACAAUCUCCAUUUCGCCGACAACAUUUAUCGUCCCGUCGACUACUUUGAGCCAAAGUGGUUGUACGACAGAUACCUCUUCUCCGAAAUGGAAAUUACAUUUUUCUUAAACUUUCCCAUAUCUUUGUGCGGUUUAAUCUUUAUGCAACAAUUUGUGACUGCAUCGUCGAAACGAAAUUACCCGCAAAUUUCGGCAUCUUGCAAAAAGAUGACUUUCUACAUUAUCGGAUCAUUCUUGACCCUGGGACAUUAUCGGAUUGAGCCUCCGUGGAAGUAUUCCGCCUUUGUUAACUUCACAAUUGCUGGGGAGGGUGUGGCCACAUUGCUUUUAGCCGUUUGGCUUUACAAAUAUCAUAAGAAAACGGUCAGAAUGUCGGAAAGCGAUGUUGAGGAAGAUUCUCUCCAGUUACUUAAUCAAGGUCAUUCUAAAUCUUUGUGAAAAUGUAGUAAAAUAAAGAAAUAUAAAAUUACAUCAA